CACAAUAAUUUAUCUCAUACAAUGCUACUGUAAAAAGUUUUUACCUUAUGCUUUUAUUUAGAUGGGAAAUCUGUCGUCAUUUCCGGCUCUGUUGCGUCUCUUUUUGUCUAACUUACCGCACCCUUAAGUUUCUUCGCCGCAAAGAACCGCAGAGGGAGCAGGAGGAAAUCCCGGACCGCCUCCUACUUUCUAAUGGAAUUCUGCAGACGUGUAAAGGCUGGCUUACAAUGCCGACCCCAUGUUUUUAACGCAGGAAACGCCAAAUCCCGAAUAGAACAGUGGGAUUUAACCUGUAGUCUCUUAAAAGUCUAUCAAAAUUGUUUUUAUUGGGUAACUACAGUAAGUGUGCAUUCAAUUUUAUUGUCCAAAAGAAGAUAUUAUUCUUUUUUUUUUAGACUCAAAAGUUCUCAUCGUUAAAACGCAGAAUGGUUUUCAUACUCGUAAUGUUUAAUCUUGCAAGUUUACUGAGACUGUAAGUAGGGGCUGCAUGGCCAAAUACUUUCAAAACUUUUCCAACAAAUCUCCUGGUAAGUUACGAAUGGAACAUGCAAAAUUACAUUGUUGAAAAAUAAAAUAGGAUGUGUAAUAUUGUAAUAAUCACUGGUUGAUUCCUGCUGAGUGACAAAAUUUAGCAUUUAGAUCCUUUCCUCCUUGAGGCCCAGACUUUUGCUUGCUGUCAAGCAAGAGAAAAUUAUCACCAUUUACACCGAGAGCAGGAAGUUGUACCUUCAAAAUAAUUCCCAAGCGUUGAAAUUGGGAUUUCUAAACGAAAAAUGAUCAGUUUUCUUGAAUUAAAGAUGAUGCAUAACUUUUACUUGAAAAUGUGUCCAUUUUAAAACAUUUAGGUCCAAAAAAGCACAAGGUUGGUAUUAAAAAAACUAGACAUCCUUUUUUUUUCUUCAAAGAUUUGCUAUGUUUGAAAAGCUUUUAUUUUGAAAAUAUUGCCUAAGGAUUCAAGUUUUUAGUGUCUUAUUCCUACAGGGAUUUUACUGGCUACGUGCAGGCAGACAUGAGCAAACCUUGUUAAGAGGCGAAAAGGGGAAGUCUCCUGGAUCCAUUCAAAGCCGCAGAGGACUCCAGCUGUUGCCGGGGAAUGGGGAUGAUGCUCCCGAGAAACUUGUGCCUGGCCCUUCUCAUGCUCUUCCUGGUGGAGGCUCAGUAUGAGAAGUACAGCUUCAAAAGUUUCCCCGAGAAGGACAUGAUGCCCCUGGAGUCCGCGUACAACUACGCGCUGGAGCAGUACGCAGCGCAGAGCUGGGCGGAGAGCGUCAAGUACAUGGAGCUCAGCCUGCGGCUCCACCGGCUGCUGCGGGACAGCGAGGCGUUCUGCGGCCGCAACUGCAGCUCCGCGAGCCGGGACAGCGACUCCCCGCUCCCCGACAGCAGCCUGCGCGUUGUGCGCCACAUCAUGCUGAGGGCUGCCUGCCUGAAAAAAUGCAAGGCAGAUUUUCCAGUUUUUAAAUUCUCCUACCCACGUAGGGAUUUACUGGAAACGUUUGAGAAAAGGAUACCGUAUCGGUACAUUCAGUAUGCUUAUUAUCAGCUUAACAAUGUGGAGAAGGCUGUGUCUGCAACUCACACCUUCCUCAAGAAAAACCCAGAGGAGCCCUAUUUGACCAAAAACAUGAACUACUACAAGAGCCUGUUUGACGUGGAUGAAUAUCUUAUCGACCACGAGGAGCAGCCGUAUGAAAGUGUUUUCCUAAAGAGCGUGGUGCUUUACAACAGUGGAGACUUCAGCAGCAGCGCCAGGAACAUGGAGCAGGCCAUCACGCAGUACUUUGAGGUGUACAGCCUCUGCUCAGCAGGCUGCGAAGGCUCCUAUGAAAUCUUGGAGUUUAAAGACUUCUACCCGUCUCUAGCAGAUCUCUUCCUUGAUGUGCUGAAAUGUAAAGUGAGAUGCGAGGAGCAGCUGACACCCAACGUCGGAGGGUUCUUUGUGGAAAAGUUUGUUGCCACCAUGUACCACUACCUUCAGUUUUCAUACUAUAAAUUGAAUGACGUGAAGAACGCGGCUCCCUGUGCAGCCAGUUACAUGCUGUUCGACCCCAGCGACCAGGUGAUGCAGCAGAACGUUGCGUAUUAUCGUUUCUACCGGGAGCAGUGGGGGCUCAAGGAGGAGGACUUCCAGCCUCGACCUGAGGCUCUGAGGUAUUAUAACCAGACAAUCAAACAGAAAGAAAUGCUCGAGUUUGCACUGAACUACCUCUACACAGACGAUGAGGAAGUGGUGAGUCCAGAAGAAGCAGUCACUUCUCACUCUGAACAUCCUGACGCUGAAUUUGAAGGAAUGGGUGACUAUGAGGAGUCCUUCCUGGCAGAAUGGUGGCAGGAACCGAAAUCUAAGUGGGACGCUGGUGAGGAUGCCGACUGACAUCCAUUUUUAUCCCACCUCCCAUUUCUACAAACCAAAGACUUUCCAACUGACAGACAUCUACAUUUUUUUUUACAGUGUUAAGAAAAAGACAGCAGAACUUAUUGGUUCAUGUUGUUUUCCCACCCAGUCAUAUUGAUCAACAAUAGAGACUGAUAUUUGGUCUUUGCUGCCAUCAGCCUUAUUUAAACCGUUAUUUCCUUGCCAGUCAUCGGCCUGUGCGCUGCCAAGUAUUCACGACAUUUCUGCAUUUUUUUUUUCCUCAUUUCUUUUUUAAUUUAAAGAAAGUUGAAUGUUUAUAAGUAAGGUGACUCGUAACAUUUCUUAUGCUGAAUGAUUACCACCAGCAACAGUUUGGUUUUCAAGCGAUGUUGCUCGCAAUUAAAAUAUUAUUUUAAUAAUUAC